AAUUUUUGUUGUUGAAUUGUUUUCGACAACAAAUGUGGCGUUUCCGGAGGUUAAAAAACAUAUUUAUUUAAGAAGUAAAAACAAGAUAUGAUAGUAAAUUAAGGUUAAUAAAAUUUAACGUACUCUAGAUGUUGUUUAAUGCGAAAAUAAGUAGUAAAUUUGUCCAAAUAUUCGAGCUAGUUUAGAACUUGUUUUUUUAAAUGUAUUAUCGCUCAUUCUUACAGGCUUCGAAAAAUUCUUCAUAAGGUAUGUCAGCUUACGAGAGGGUAGAUUUGCAAGUAGCUACAGACUCUUCGGAGGAGGAGAGCAUAGAAUCAACUGAGAGAAAUGAAACUCCACUUGUAAGAGAUUCCACAACGACCAAUUAUCACAUAGCAACACCUCCUAAAGACCUGAUUAGGAUUCAAUGGUCUAGAAAUUCUGGUAUAGCUCUUACUCUUAUCGGUGGAAUAAGCACUCUGAUAGGUUUAUCCGAAAUUGUUAUAAUUCCUAAUAUUGAAAAUGGACUAAAAUCUAGUUUAAUAACAAUAAGCAGAUAUAAUGCUUUUGGUAUGAUAUUAUGGUGUGGUAUAUUAUUGUUUCUGGUCGGAUGUUUUGGUUUGAGAGCCGCUGUUACGAAAACGAAAACUGGAGUUCAACGAUUUACUAUUAUUAUAUUUUUAGUAAUACCCUUUCUACUAUUUGGAAUUUUGGCGCUAAUUAUAUCAUUUUCUAAGAAGUGGACAGUACAUUCAUCCUAUAAGGAUGGUAGUGCCAUGUUUCCAGUUCACUUGACAGGCUUCCUUGUUGUUAUCUUAGGUUCAAGUCUGAUUCUACUAGCAUUUCUUCAAUUAUACGAAGACGUUUGCUUUGGUGAACUCCAACUAUUUAAAAGGAUAUUACACUGUUGUUUGCCUUGUUUAUGUCCACGAGCAACAACUUUUAAGGAGUUGGCUCAAGACGAUAAUCACGAAAGACCACCGAAUUUAUUGGUAUAG